CUUUAAAAAGUAAACUAAUCGGAGGAGUAAAGUAAAUACUGAGAAAAAAAAUUAUUAUUUCCCGCGAUCUGAUAUAUAAAAACAAAUUUCAGUCUUCUUCUUAUUCAAUUGUCCCUAAAAAUUAGAAGAAAAUCGAAUUAACCCUAGCUAAGCCAGUAAGCAGAAAUCAAAUCGCUGCCAAUGAUGAACCCUUACGAUAACCGGUACACCGACCCCGACUCUUACCGUCACCGUCGCAGUGGUUUAAUGGGCCAACAGCCUCCACUGGGGGCCACUUACGGACGCGGUGGACCUGUUCCUUAUGGAAGUGGAGGUGGUCCUCUGCCUCCGUCUUUUGCGAGUAGAGGAGGUCCUGCUCCAGUUGGUGGAGGUUAUCCUGCGUUUGAGCCCCCUGCUAGUGGAUUCAGUGUUGGACGGGGUGGUGGCGGAGGAGGAGGAAGGGGAAGGGGAUUCAGUGGUGGCCGUGGUUCUAAUUUUUAUACUGGGGAUAGAAGAAAUGAUGCCGGUCAUGGGAGAGGCUGGAAUUCUGGUUCUGGCCGUGGUGGGAGGGGGUAUGGUGGUGGUGGAAGAGGAGGGAGGCAUGGAGGGGGAGGUCCGAAAGGAGAAUUGGAUAAUAUUGCACUUCCAAAGCAGGAUUUUGGGAAUUUGGUACCUUUCGAGAAGAAUUUCUACUUUGAGAAUCCUUCGAUUAGGGCUUUGUCGGAGCAUGAAGUGGUGAUGUAUCGUACAAGAAGAGAGAUUACGGUUGAAGGCCAUGAUGUGCCUAAGCCUAUUCGCCUGUUUCAUGAGGCCAAUUUCCCUGAUUACUGCUUACAGGUGAUUGCUAAGUUGGGUUUUGUUGAGCCAACACCAAUUCAGGCUCAAGGGUGGCCGAUGGCUCUAAAGGGUAGAGAUUUAAUUGGCAUUGCUGAGACCGGUUCUGGUAAGACAUUGGCAUACAUGCUACCAGCUUUUGUGCAUGUUGCUGCGCAGCCUCGAUUGGUACAAGGUGAUGGUCCGAUUGUGUUAGUAUUAGCACCUACCAGAGAGCUGGCAGUUCAAAUUCAAGAAGAAGGUUUAAAGUUUGGUUCGCCUGCUAAUAUUAGGAGCACUUGCAUAUAUGGUGGUGCUCCCAAGGGACCCCAAAUUCGUGAUCUCCAAAGAGGUGUUGAAAUUGUCAUCGCUACCCCUGGUCGACUAAUAGAUAUGCUGGAAGCUCAACACACAAAUUUGCGAAGAGUCACAUACCUGGUGUUGGACGAGGCUGAUCGAAUGUUGGACAUGGGGUUUGAGCCUCAAAUUAGGAAAAUUAUAUCUCAAAUUCGACCAGAUAGACAGACAUUAUAUUGGAGUGCAACAUGGCCCAGGGAGGUUGAAAUUUUAGCAAGGCAGUUUUUGCACAACGCAUACAAGGUAAUCAUAGGAUCGGCAGAUUUAAAAGCAAACCAAUCUAUAAACCAAGUUGUUGAGGUCAUCAUGGACAUGGAGAAGUAUAAUAGGCUGAUCAAAUUGCUGAAAGAAGUGAUGGAUGGAAGUCGGCUUCUGAUUUUCAUGGAGACAAAAAAAGGCUGUGACCAAGUUACAAGGCAGUUGAGAAUGGAUGGAUGGCCAGCAUUAUCCAUCCAUGGUGAUAAAAACCAGGCUGAAAGGGAUUGGGUCCUGGCAGAAUUCAAAAGUGGCAGAAGUGCAAUAAUGACUGCCACUGAUGUUGCUGCACGGGGUCUUGAUGUGAAGGACAUAAAAUGUGUGAUCAACUAUGAUUUUCCUUCCAGCCUCGAGGAUUAUGUUCACAGGAUAGGCCGAACUGGUCGUGCAGGAGCUAGGGGAACUGCCUUUACCUUUUUCACGGAUUCAAAUGCAAAGUUUGCUAGGGGUCUAAUUAGAAUUCUGCAAGAGUCAGGGCAGAUUGUGCCUCCAGCAUUAUCUGCUUUGGCUCGGUCAUCUGGUUCUUUUGGAGGUUCUGCAGGUAACUUCCGUUCCAGAGGACGAGGAGGCAGCUUUGGCAACAGGGGUUCGAUUUCAGGAUCUAAUACUGUGCCUCUUGGUGCUCGUAGACCUUGGUAAUUUAAUGAACAAUUGCAGCUUCUCCAGAGUCUACCAUAUGUUAGGAAAACCAUCGCGGUGGUGGUUGCUGCCUUGGUGUUGAUCUUUCGUUUUGACGAGAUGGGUUGAAAAAUCAUAGUAAGAAUCCCAGAACUCGUACAGUUUAGGAAUUCAUGUAUUGGCAAAUUCAUAUGCAUGUGAUUGUAACUUUAGGUUGCAUAAAUUAUGAACAUAGGUGCUAAGGUUCUUUGUUGUAGUUGAUGAAUUCUUGAUAUAAUCAACUAUCCAUGCCAGUAGAAAAUACGGCAGACGUUUCUACAAUUA